ACAGCCAAGGAGAUCGCCAAAAAGCUCUUCGCCGCGGGCGCGGUAUCCUCUGAGGCUGACGAAGACUUAUUCACUAUACUGCACAAGAUAGUGUGCUCCGGUAACACUGAGCUCGUUCGCGCUUUCUUUCAAUAUGAACCAAACGCAAAAGCGGCUGUCAACACGCCGGCGUUCGGACAGUUUUGGAACAUAGCUGUCUAUCCUAUCAUAUCUGCCAUCACACAAGGGUCGUACUCCAUCUUCGCGCUUCUGCUUGCAUAUGGCGCCAAGCUCAACGUUACAGAGGAAGAAUUCAGUCGGUUUAUGGAACUCAGGAAACAUCACAGGAACCACAUGGGCGACCAGAACCCUCUGCAUUUUGUCGCGAUGCCAGUGGAAUUUGUUCUCGGGCGUCAGGACGACUCGCUGGAAUGGCUUGCUCUCGUCAUGGCACUGGGUGCAGCAGUCAGCCUUCCGACGAGAGAUGCAGCUCAGAACGCCAAGAACUCAUGGGCUGCCGAUCGUCGCGUCACCCUGAUCGACUGGGUGAGUUGCGCCAUCCGCGCGAUCGAGGACCAUUUGCAGCACCUCGAGAAGCGUGCAGAGUCUGUUGCACCGGACGAGUUGGACAGAUGGGCAUCAACACCUGGCUGGAAAGCUGAAGUUGGCAAGAUUGUACGGCAGUUGAGAGUGCAACAGAAAUCUGCAACUUUCCAAAAGCCAGACCCAGUAGCGGAUAAGGAGCGCCAGCGCAAGGCGAAGGAAUACUUCAGUGCAGUGGAAGGUCUCUUGGACGGUGCAAAGACGUGGGACGAGCUCUAUCCGGACAAUAAGGCUGGCUUGGGGGCCAGAGGUUAUCUCAACUCCUCGUACAUUCUUCCCGUGCAGAACUCGUCGCACUUUCGCUACGAACGCAGGCAACGAACAGGAAUGUGGCAAACCACCGUAGUCCCUUCUCACUUGACGGCGCGCUACGAUGAGCUGUUCGAGGCUUGCGCGAAUGGCGAUAAUGCGAAGGUCCAGAAGCUGUGUCUGGGCAGCAAGUCGCAAGAACAGCCGCUGCAGAUUGUGGCGCAGCUUACAACCACGUGGGCUAUCAGUAACCCAUUGUCUUUGGCUGUGGCAGGACAUCAUUGGGAUACUGCCAGGCUCAUUCUGGCUAUUGCCGCUGCACAUCAUCAUCCUGAACCAGACAAGGCGGGAAAGUUCCAAACACGUAACAUUAUGCUAGGUGAGAAGCACUGCUUGCCACAGUAG